AUGUCACCCGAUAAUAAAUUGCAACCCCCCGGGCCGGAGACGCCUGGGGAACGACCUAGUGAGGUGCCAAGUGUGGGAGCUGAUCUGCCAAGUCUGCUUCCGAGCGACCCAGAGCAAUACCAAGCCUUGGAGAGAAAGCUUGUCCGCAAAGUGGAUUGGAGGCUUAUGCCUGUCCUGGUCGUCAUGAUUGUGUUGAAUUAUCUCGACCGCCAGGCGCUUCCCAAUGCCCGGGUACAAGGAAUCGAGAAAGAUCUUGGGCUUGAGGGAGAUGAUUACAAUGUCGCUAUAUCAGUGUUGUUCGCAGGAUAUAUCGCUCUGCAGAUUCCGUCGAACAUGCUGCUCACCCGGGUACGACCGAGCAUCUACUUGCCCAUAUGCAUGGCGUUAUGGGGUGUGGUUUCGGCAUGUACUGCUGCUGUCAAGGGCUUCCAGAGCCUCGUGGUCUGCCGAUUCUUCCUUGGUUUCCUCGAAGCGCCAUUCUUCCCAGGGGCGCUUUUCCUCUUGUCAGCUUGGUACACACCCAAGGAACUUGCCACUCGGACAGCCAUUCUUUACACGGGCAGCCUGCUUUCGGGAGGCUUCGGGGGUUUGGUUGGUGCAGGCGUGCAGUACGGCCUUGAUGGAGUCCACGGACUCUAUCCGUGGCAGUGGCUCUUCAUUAUUGAAGGAGCAGCCACGGUGUUUCUAUCUCUAGUCUCCAUCUUCAUCCUGCCCGACUUCCCCGCUACCACUCGAUGGCUUUCCGACCAGGAGAGGGCGAUUGCGACUCACCGUCUCCGAAAGCAUAGCGGAAGCCAGGAUGAAGAGCGUGGACCUCUCCUCCAAGGCGUCAAGCAAGCCGUUGCGGACUACAAGGUAUGGCUGCUAGCCGCCAUAGUCAUCACAAAGACAACUGCCGCCGCAGUGACUUCGUUCAUACCAACCCUGGUCGCGACAUUUAAGUUCGACUCUGUAAAGUCCUUGCUAAUGGUGGCACCACCGUAUGUUUUCGCUUCCAUCGUCGCCAUGGCCGUAUCGAUCUCUAGUGAUAGGCUCUCAGAACGAUACUUUCAUUUGGUGUUGCCGUUGGCGGUUGGCAUGACAGGAUACAUCAUAGCUGCUGCGACGACAACCCUGGCGCCUCGCUAUUUUUCGCUCUUCUUAAUGUUGGGAGGCGUAUACGGCAGCUUCAAUGUCACCUAUGCCUGGAUAUCCUCUACUCUUCCUAGGCCCUUGGAGAAGCGCGCCGCAGCCUUUGCAUUUACUAACAUGGUCGGAAAUUUCGCGCAGAUCUACUCGCCCUACAUGUAUGACUCCAAGAGCGGUCCGCGGUACCUGCCAGCUAUGACGGCCAACACCAUAUUUGUCUUUGUCUCGAUCAUCUGUGCUACGAUCCUUCGAUUCUGCCUUGUGCGCGAAAACCGUAAGCUAGUUGCUGCAGAGCUGGAUACUACGGAAACGCCGGACCCCAAGAACGGCGACGAGAUCAUCCAGAACGGGCCCGGAGGUGUUCUCGUGCUGAAUCCGGGCUUUAGAUAUGCUCUGUAA